AUGGCAUGUGUUGUAGGAUCUCGUCAGUUCAGCCCGAAGGAAGUUCGACUGGCGGGCCUGCAUGACGCGGAACAGCCUGAGGUCGGGACUGGAAAGGUGCUGGACUUCGAGAGUACUGAUGCGAACUAUUGGAGGAUUGUGGGCUCGGAGAUCCUGGUGGUCGAAGCCGUGCGUCGGGGCCGUCUUGUUCGCCCCACCAUCUGCCGAGCCGCCAACGACCGAGAUAGUAUCUAUCGGAACAACGUAUCGCCCAUCUUGUUGGAAUCCGUAGGGAUGACUGGUCAUCUGGCCGACGAACUUGCGCACCUGCUCGCAAAUCAGCACACCCAAGUCCGGGCUGACGACCUCGUCCAUAAAGUUGUGGCGGACAACGAGAUGAUAGCAGCCGGGGAUGCUGGCGAAGCGAGAGACGUGAUAGCGUUCUUCGUCGGGGACAGAUGGAGAUCGGGCAAGGCGCCAAGUUUGGAGGCGAAGUGGGUGAACAUGUGUCGACUGCGUCGCCUAUGGUUUCUUAUGCUUGGUUGA